AUGUCCAACUUUGUGACCAAAGCGAAAGAAGGAGCCUACCAGACUAGCAACGAGGCCAAGGCUGAUGAUACUUGUGAUCUCAAGAAUGAUAAUUCCCAUAAACCCAAGUCGACCGACAAGAUAGAGGCGGGAAAGGGAAGCGGCAGUGGCAGCAACCAAGAUGAUCGAGAGGGACCGCACGCGAAGGCUGCUUCAAAGGAAGAUGGUCGAUAA